CCAUGUAGAGGAGUUGGGGUAGUGGCCUAGAUGUGUGAAACGCCAGGGGUUGCCUUUUUUUCUUUCUUUUUUUGGUUCACUGCUUGACUAACACAGUCAACCCAAUAGUGGAACAAAUAUAACAGGGACGUCCUGAAGCACCAAACUAAAUGAAAAGUUGUGUAGACCUCUCAGUUUUGCGCUUUUUAAAUAAUAUGCAAACUUUAGAGUUGGGGUGGUCCUGAGUUUUGGUGCACAGAAAUACAAUAAAAUAAAAAGAGUUAUUGGUGGUAUGUGCAAACUAAAACACCCACACAGGGACUAAAUCUAUCUCUUUUAUGCCGCUUGACUGAUAACGAUGGCCUUGGAGGCAGACGGAGGUUCAUCAAGGAGCGCUCCUGAAAAAUAUCCCCGGGCGGCGUUGGAGCGCAACGGCUACGUGAAGACAUGUGUCACCCCGCUGUUCCAGGACGCAGGGUGCCAGUCGUCGUGGCUCAGACUCGCCGUGACAUGGACUUGCCGAGGAGUGUCGUCUGCGGUCUGCGUUGCCUCCAUCUCCGUUACUCUCGCUCUGCUGCUCAGAUUGGUCGACUGGGAUGCAGGCAGCAGGACCAACGGAAAUAGCAGCGGAUCCGACCCUCGUCUUCAUUUCGCGGCGGGCUGCGCUGUCGAGCUGCUUUUGAGCGUGUGUUACUGCGUCUCCCCCGCUUUUACACUCGUAUGUGCCUUCUUCUGGGUAGGGCUGUAUCUGAUUCGCUGCGGAGUACUCAUCCGCACCGCGCUGUUUCUAUUAGCGGUGUGCCACUUGGGCGAAGCCGCGGCGCAUUCCCUCCUGUGCGGCGCCGAGGAGCAGCUGCUGUCCUUCUCCGCAACCCUGGUAGUCCUCGGCUGCCUAGGCAGCGGGGCUCUGCUGGUCGUCCGGCUGGGUCAGGGAGUGUCCAUCCUCGUCUUCAUUAGCGUCAUCAGGACCGUCUCACUUGUCUCCCUGAGUCGAGUCCGGGCCAGUUGGAGACCCUACCUGGCCUACCUGCUGGGGCUGCUGGGGGUUUUGCUUGCGAGGUAUGCUGACCGGCUCUUGCCGGCCUCAGGGACCAGCGGGACGGGGUGCUGUGGCUCUGUGACCGGGGCGAAGGAGGAGGACAUCCCUGUCUUCAAAAGGAGACGGAGGUCCAGCUCCAUAGCGGCCUCGGAAAUGAUGGCUCACAGUCAGAGCAACAGCAAGUCCCACCGCAGGACUUCGCUGCCUUGCAUUCCGCGGGACCAGUCAUCGGGCACCAGUGUGGUGGUGGACAUCGCAGUGAUGGGUGAGGCUCAUGGUUUGAUCUCAGACCUGCUGGCAGACCCAUUGUUGCCCCCUAACACCUGCAGCUCUCUGAAGGCUGUCAGCAAUCUCCUCAGCACCCAGAUCAACCUCCAGCCACUCCACCGACCUCGCAUCCCUGCAGACACCCACACCUGCUCUGACUCUGAAGAUGGGCCAGAAAAAACAGAGAGACUCGCUAUUCCAAAGCGUCUCAGGCGGAGUCUUCCCCCAGGAUUACUUAGGAGAAUUUCAUCAACUUGGACCACAACCACAUCAGCUACAGGGCUGCCUACCAUCGAGCCAGGCCCUGUACGCAGAGACCGCUCAGCCAGCAACAAACACACUACAGAAAGUGAUUUUUGGAACAACUCAGUGAUGAUGACCAUCUCAAAGAGUCGCUCCAUGUCUGCCUCCUGUGCUGCCUCUGUCACAUCCAACCACCUGUACAGCAAACCACUGGGAAGACCAGGUUUCCCUCCCUCCAACAUAUCACCUCUGGGCUCUCCUUGCUCAUCUCCUCCUGUCCAGGGCACUCCUGCCUCCAGCCCUACGAUAAAAAUAUGUUCAGUGCAGCUUCCUGAGCCGGCUGGGCCACUAACAGAGCUAGUACCUGGCUCUGUGGCCCCCAAAAGCCACCACAGAACCUUAACUCACAGCCAGAGCGCUCCGAGCUCCACCACCACUCACUGGCGGCCUCCAUCACUCUGCGGCAGCUGUGGCAGGCCGUACAACAAUCGACUAAACAACGGGGUAGAGUCUGAAGACAAAGGAGACAGAAUACCCCACCCAGAUGAACGCGCAGUAGCGUCAUCAGACUAUGAUAGCACGUACGACAGCACCUAUGAGACCAACCACAGUGACAGCAGCGACUUUGCACAGAAUGAAGAGGAAGCAGAGGGAGGCAAGAAGCCUCCUGAAGCAAGGGAAGGUUGCAGGGAGUAUCCGAAUGACGGCAUUGUUCUUCACCCUGUCCUGCUCUCUUCAGAGGACAAGCCAAACUUGGCCCCAGAGACUCUGUUAAUGCCAGGGCUGGAGCCUCUAAUGAGUCAGCUUAACAAUUGGAACUUUCCCAUUUUUAGUCUUGUGGAGAAGACUCACGGCAAGACGGGCUGCAUCCUCAGCCAGGUUUCUUAUAGGCUGUUUGAGGACACAGAUCUGUUCGAGACCUUCAGGAUUCCUGUGCGAGAGUUCAUGAACUACUUCCAUGCUUUGGAAAAUGGAUACAGGGACAUCCCUUAUCACAACCGGAUCCAUGCCACAGACGUGCUGCAUGCUGUCUGGUACCUCACCACUCAGCCUGUGCCAGGACUGCCCACCCUGCUGACUGAGAACGGAGUACACACUGACUCACAGAACGGCAUUACACCUGGUGCCACAGGAUUCCUGGUGUCCAAAAUGAACCCUGUGCUGCAGGAAGGCUAUGGCUGCUUGGCUGGUCUUAUCCCUGCCCUGGAGCUCAUGGCCCUUUAUGUAGCUGCUGCCAUGCAUGACUAUGACCACCCUGGAAGAACCAAUGCCUUUCUAGUAGCUACCAGUGCACCACAGGCUCUUCUUUACAACGACAGGUCAGUCUUGGAAAACCAUCACGCAGCUGCAGCUUGGAACCUCUUUAUGUCUCGAUCUGAGUAUAACUUCCUGGUUAACCUUGAACACGUUGAGUUCAAGCGCUUCCGCUUCCUAGUCAUUGAAGCUAUCCUGGCCACUGACCUCAAAAAGCACUUUGACUUCCUCGCAGAGUUUAAUGCCAAGGUAGGGGAUGAAGGAGUGUCUUGUAUUGAUUGGACCAAUGAGAAUGAUCGAUUGCUAGUGUGCCAGAUGUGCAUCAAGCUCGCUGAUGUCAACGGGCCACUGAAGUGUAAGGAGCUGCACCUACAAUGGACAGAGGGGAUCGUCAAUGAGUUCUAUGAACAGGGCGAUGAAGAAUCAUCCCUGGGCCUUCCCAUCAGCCCGUUCAUGGACAGGUCUGCUCCACAGUUAGCUAAACUGCAGGAAUCAUUCAUUACUCACAUCGUGGGACCACUGUGCUCCUCCUACGACUCAGCUGCUCUUAUGCCGGGACACUGGGUUGAUGAAUCUGAGGGAGACCAGGAAGGACAAGAUACAGAAGAGGAGGACGAGGAUAUGGCAGAUGAGGAUGCGUCAACAAGUUCUGACACCUCGCAGCGGCAAGAAGCCAAAAAGGUAAGCAGGAGGAAAGUGUUUUGCCAGAUCACACAGCAUCUUUUGGAAAACCAUGAAAUGUGGAAAAGAGUGCUUGCUGCAGAAGCCCAGGAGGAGGCUCAGGAAGAGAAUCCAAACUGCAUUGGCAAGCCCACCGAUCCAAUAACAGCCAUUCACGAGGAAGAGGAGGAGCAGGCAAGCAAAGAGGAGUCGACUGAUGGCCUUAAUGAAAGGGAAGAGGUGCCAGCUAUAGAGGAAGAGGAGAUCUUUCCACAAUUGGACACUUCAGGAGAAAAAGAGGAAGAACCUGAGUGAAAUGAUGAACUCUGACCUCCUCUUAAACCAGGAAUCUGAACGUUGUCCAAAACGUUUUUGGGUUUUUUUGUUUUUCUUUCCUAACUAAACUCUUUAUAUGGUAGCCAGCACAUCACUUUGACACAACACUGUAGAGGAUGUUUUGGGUAAAAUGUGCCUAACAAAAACAGGGUUGAGGACAGGGAUAAACUCGUACCCAGUGCAUCUGACGAGGAGAGAGAUGUGAGAUGAGCAAGAAGAUGAAGCGACAAAUGAGGGAAAAUAGAGAAAAACUCAGACUGAGUAAUCAAGAUGGAGUGCAUUUGUUUGUUUUGCUGUUUGUUUUAGUUUGGAUUUGGCACCCAGACUGCUCAUCUUGCACUAUGGGCCAACCACGCUGAUUCACAUCUUCACUCCACCAGUGAGUAAUACACUGUCACCCCGCUCCCCCCCUCCCACACACACACUCCUGUCUUUAGUUCCCAUGCUAUCAGCACACUUUGGAGCCACGCAGCUGCUCGAGGAUGUGCACCAGGCCCCUUCUCCGUGAACACAAUGGGAUGAAAGCCAGCGGAAAAGCCGUGUCCACUGAGCCUCUGCCACGUGAAUUUCAGGAGGAGAUUGAAAAAAAGAGCCAGUGGUCAUGCAUUGUGUACACACACUUCACACAGACACACACAGUGCUAUAGCAGAAACACACUCCAUGCUCAGAACAGAUAGGAAGUUUAACAAAGAACUCUGUUGCACCAAAAGCUUUAUUCUCAUUCAAGGAAAAACAUACAAAGCAAUGUUUUGUUCUUGUCAAACAAUGUUAGUCAGCAAUCAUUUCUCCCUUUCUUUUGUUAUAAUCGGUUCAGCGCACCUACACGUUUCCAGUCUGCAUAACUCAGGAAGGCAGAAACCCUUAGAGAUCGAGAAACAAAAAAAGGACCUCUAGUGUUCUUGUCCUUUUAAUUGUCACUGCUUCUGCCUUUUUUGUCACUUCAGUGCGUCCCCAGCAGAGUGUGGUUCUCUUUGUGCAACACCUAAUGCACAUUAAUGUUAAUCACACUACAGCUAACUCUCAAGAAAGAAACCAGUCGGUAAUAUAAGGUGUUUUCAUAUUGCAGGCACAUAUAAUCUGUGCCCACAUUUAUGGGAACUCUCAACUUGGAUCAAUCUUUAAGGGAUUUGUUAAAGAGAAGAGAUUCUGUUUCUCUCCAGUGUAACUUAUAGGCUGGUAUGUAGGCCAAAUGUUUCAGAAAGUGCAGUAAUCCGCCAUAGUGGACUAGGCCAGAGCUGAGUCACAGCUCCAAAUUACCCAAGAAGAUUUACGUUAAUAAGACAUUUCAACACUGUGAGGCUUAUUGCCAUGCAGGAGGUGCUGUGCGCCCACAAAAAAACUAUACAUGGAAGCGUAGGACCGGGUCCACACGCAUAGGGGUAUUCUUUCAAACAGGGGUUUUCUUUUGUUGUUCUAAGUAAAUAAAUCUGAUAAAACACCCUGAAAAUGUUUCUGUCCACAUGAAUGCAAAAGCAGUUAACGAGCCAAAAGUCAGUGAUGUACAUCUACAGUUGCUUAAAAUUGCCUCAUGUAAACAAAAGAUAUGAUAGCGUGAACUUUGACCUCUCGAGCCAAAAAACCUUUAGAAAGAGUUUAGAAAUAUCAGCACCAUGAAGCCUAUCUGUGUUUUGGAGUGACUUUUAAUGAUACAUAGAAAAAGCUGUUAAAAUAACUUUAAUGAACUAGUUGUUUCACUUCCAUAAAAAGCCAAAGAAAGUUAUAGUGGAAACAGUAAGCCCCUUACAUUUCUGAAUCCAGCUUAAUAAAUAACCACAUGUACACAAAUAUAUGAUAUUUACUAUCUAUUUAUUGAAUGAUGUAGUUUACCUACUAUUUUUUAAGAGACUAUUUCUCUUCACUUUUAUUAAUGUCACUGUUUGCGCUCGUCUUUGAUGUCCUUGGACAUUCAUAUUUGCUGUAAUGGAAGAAAAUGUGUGAAAAAAAAGAACAGCCUCGGUAAUGAGGCUUAUUAAUGGAAGAAUCCUUUCAGCUGGACUUGGAGCUGCUCAUGAGAGGUCAGAGGGGUCUCAGAUCUUUGUCACAGUUCAGCUGAUUCUUUCUGGUGUAAGUCUUUGAAGAUGAGCCAGUUCAGUUGGAUUCAAAAUCAUGUGAUCAUCCACUUCUCCAAUUCUCCAAACCGUAUUACAGGGAUAUGCAGUGUAGUGUAUUUGAUCUGACGUCAGAAAAGCAACAGGGGCUCUUUGUGGAUUCAGAUCUCAAGAAUUUAGGUUACUUAGUUUCUUCAUGCAGUGAGCUGUAAUGGACAGUUGUUUUUCUUUUAUCAUAUUUGCAAAAUAAAAAAAGGAUGCAUUCAUUUUGACAAGACUUUUUUUGGGAACCUGCCUGACACUUUAGGUAGGAUCAAGGUAGAGAUAUCGAAGAGGCAGUACAGCAUUGUUGACCUGUAGCAAUGGAUUUUCUGCUUCUGUGGUAAAUCUCUGUAGCAGUUUGACAGAUUUUAUUAUUUCAUAACGCAACAAUUUCAAAUCCCUCAAAGAGUGUAAACAAUUUGAAGCCACAGACGUCACGCGUGACAGGCGAUACGCUAGCUUUGGCUUGGCAAUUCUACUUGUACCUGAAGUGAUUAGACAGGGAUUAGAGGAGAGCAUUAACAGGGCGGAAACAUUUACAAUGAAAACAGCACCGCUGAAAUUAAACCUUAAAAGAAAACUGUGACAGAAAUAUAAAAAGCAGCAUUACACUUUUCAGUAAGUGUACACUUUAUGCAGUUAGAUGUUAAACACUGGAUCUCAGUCACUAAGAAAUCCAUCAAACAGGCUUGUUUGCUUAUUUUUACUGGCUACCUUUACUUGUCCUAUUGUAACCCAAUUUCUUAACUCAAUUAGAGUUUUGCUAAUACUCUGGUAAUACUGUGUAAAUCUGCAGCUGUAUCCAUUGCACUGUUAUCAAAAUGUCCAUUGUGCAAAGGAGGGCUAAACAGUGCAGCAUAAUUCCCUUUACUGCUUAUACCCUGUACUUACAAAGGAGUGCAGUACCACAGCUUCUUUUUUAAUACUAUGAAAAAAAAGGCCUGCGCUAACUAAAUCCUGGGCUUUUUGUUCAUGUUUCAGUUCAAGUUGAAAGCCCUUUGGUGUUUAAAGUCUUUUUUAUUUACAGUUGCUAUCACUCAAACUCAAAGAGGGAAAAACUUAAUUAGGUUUUCAUUAAUAAAUUAUAUGUAGCAAAAACACAAAUCAAAGCAGAAUUACCUUCAGCAUUGAUGUCAAUCACACAAAAGUCCCUGACUAAAAAUCUUUUUUUUUUUAAAUUUGACAAUUAAAAGAAAAAGGAAGAAAAAGUAAAGGCAAAUCGAUAUGUGAUUUGUUUGGUAGCAAAAACUGCAGCACUAGUCAUAUUUGCAUAUUUGUAGCAUGUGCGGCAAUCCGCUCUUGGCUUUACGUGUCACUUCCUGGACCAGUCGUCUUCCACUAGCCUUUCUUUGCAUUGGCUUGUUCUGAUAGGUUCGCUUAUAGCAGGUAAAAAUGACCUGUACACACCAGCUGAUACACAACAGAGCAACACAACUGUAGAUCAAGACAUUAUUUAGGUUUGCAAGCUUUUGAACUUGAGUUUUAAAAAAACAUCGACCCACCUCACUGCAAGAAGCUGCAAGCGUCCUGUCGUACACGUGAAUGAGCAUGAGCGCCAUGCGCUGUAAAUACCUGAUGCACUAUAGAGUAUAUCAGUACCUCACGUAUAAUCUAAUGUGAACUCUACUACAUUGGAUAUUUCAUGUUUCACACCUGUAUGGUCCCAUUCUCCACCUGUGUUUGGGGGUUUUGUAGACUGUUUCAGAUCUCUUUACUUUGUUUUAUCAGAAAUUUGAAACUUAACAAAAGAGAAAUUUACCCUUUGGACACUUCAAAGAGACUUAAGUCAAAGCUGUGAUAUCGUUUCAAGUUGUUAUUUGGUUUAUUAUCAUAUUCAUUUCAAUAAUCCAAGAACACUGCAGCGUGUUGCUGUGUAACAUUUUAGGGUUUUAACUAGAGAUGAAUGAUGAACCGGUCAAGGUUUCAAGGGUCACGUGUUUUAGCUUCUCACUACAAAUCAUAUUCUUUAAUCGUUGCUAACCAUAUUUCAAUAAGGACCGAUCACUCGGAAGAACUGAACAUAAUUUAUUGAGAAAGAGGAGUUAAUGUGUUUGACUCCAAUGAGCCAUCAUGGCAGAAUGGAAUCCUAGCAGUGCAAGGAUUUAGGACAGGACCCACCGGCGUCUAGAUGCUGGUGGUGGCAGUGAAGACUGAGGCUUGAAUAGAGCUCUGACUGAAGUGGCUGAGGUGGAGAUGGGAAGGAGGUGGUACACAGGACAGACAAUCUGAAAGGUAGAAUGACGGAGAGCACAGAUUUAAACCAUUCUAAGUGCAGGCUGAUUGGCUCAAAGAAGGCAGGCAAGAAGAUGAUUGGACUAGUGUCAUGAUGUCAGGAUUGAGAAUGACAGCGUGCGAAAGGGGUAGACGUGUGAAGAGAAAAGCAGCCGAACACCCAGGAAAAGCAGGCAGAUGGGUGAAUACAGAUCUUCCUUAUUGAACUAACUUAAGCUUCAUUUAAAUGUACGCUUUACAGUUUUAGAUUUGAGUCUUUCCUGCAUUUCAAGGCAGCCGUUGGUUUUGUUUCAUAUAUGCACAAUAAUUAAAGAAGGAAAAUCUGUUAGCACAUGCUAGAAAUUUACUCGAGGUUGACAACGCAUUCAAGUGAGAAAAACAGUUAUUUUUGCUAAUGUUUUAAUAUUGUUGAAUCCAUCAUGUAAUUUAAAUCGAGCUUUGCAUUAUGUCAAGAAAACUUCAUGAAGACCUAAUGUUAACUGAGACGUAAUAGAUAACUUUUAAAACGUUUUGCAUAACUAACAGGAAACCAAAGAAACCCUGUUUUGUGAAACACGGCUGCAUUGUGUAAUUUAAAGUAUACACUAUAGCUGAUUUGGAGUAAAUAGGCCGAUACAUGGAAAGCUAGCGACAUGGUUAGCUGAAGAAUCUGAGUAAAAAAUUCUUUACUAACACAAAAAAUGUCACAUCUGUCAGCUUUUUGUUCUUUGUCAUCACAGCAGCACUGGUCAGUGAUUUGUACCAGGCAAUCACAUGGCAGUCAUAACUCUUAUUUUCUCUUAAUUGAAAAAAAAACAAAACAAUAUUAGAAAUAUUAGUUAUAAAAAAAGAGAGAAACAAACAAGAAAACUGCAGGGUCACAAACUACCCAGUUAUUUCACUUUAUACGAGCCAGCAUGAGCCAGUUUCCUUUAAAUGUUGAGGGGGAGAUUGCCAAACACUGGAUGAGCUUGUGCAAACCAAAGAAACUUUUUGAACGAUGCGUUUUUUUGUGAUUUGCACAGAAACAAGCCCUAAAAGGAGCAUGUUUUUGGUCAGUGUUAUUCCAAUACUGGUGAGGGUAUCUGAAUAUGCAUAUAUAUUUUGUUCUGUGAAGAUAAAAAUGAAUUCAAGAAUUAUUGGUAUCCAUCUGGCAUCACCACCGCUCACGGUGACGUGCACGUUAACUGCCUGUUAUUCUUUCACUGCCAUGUCAACAGGCACCAGUAGCAAUGUAACCGGCCUACUGUUCUGUUCGUAGACUGAAGCUCUUGUACUUGUUUUUUUCUUUUCUUAUUUGAACCAAAAAAAAAACCUUUUCUUUUUGUAUUGUUUGUUGUUUUGGCCCGUUUCAAAGGGGAACAUGCUCCUGUGCCAUUUUCACAUAUAUGUAUGUAGACAUUGUUUGAAUGCUAUAUUCAUUAGUUUUCCUCUUUUGUCAGAAAGGAAACCAAAAGUCUUUUUUUCACAACUUUAAGCACGAUAAAGGAGACUGGUAUGUUUUUAUCUACUAUAGCAGGCACUUCACAGAUUCAAUUCUUUCCUUCUCUUUAGUAUCUUGCACUUAAACACAUGUAGCAAUACCAACAGGAUGAAGAAAAUGUGUGAUUCACCAAUAUUUAAGUGAAAUUUGACAUUUUAUUUCAAGAUAUUGUUUGACUUUGUAUAAAAAAUAUAUACUGUACAGAUUCAAAAGUAUAUUAUGACAAAAAAAACUUUUAGAAAAAUAUUUAUUUUUACUGUUUUGGAAUUUAGACACAAUACUGUAGCUCCUCUAUUGCCAGACUUACUGGAAGUGCCUCUUGAUAAUGUAUUACAAAAUAACUAUACAAUAUAUUGGGAUUAUUAGAACCUGUCACUAGCAGAGCAGUGUUGUUGUUGUAAUGUGAAUAUUGUUGAAUAAUAACAUUUAUAAAUGCUUCA